AUGAAGGUGCAAAAAUAUUUCAAAGUUUUAGCAGCCAAAUGGCAAAGACAAGUUUUUGAAGUCACCAGCGCCAAACGCGGAACGUUAACAACAACUUGUUAUAUUGUAAACGCUUUGGACAAUUCAUUGCCGCCAGUAAUUAUAUUUUUUAGAGUUCAUUCCAAGCAGCAUAUGGUUGCGGUGGCUGCAACUGGGACUUUAGGUCUUGCUACUCCAUUCGGUUGGAUGAACUCUGAAUUGUUUGUGAAAACUGUGCAGAAUUUCAUCAGUUAUUCAAACAGCAGCGAUGACAACCUUAGUCUGCUCAUAUACGAUAACCAGGAGUCGCACAUUUGCGAAGAGGCCUUGAAUUUACCAAAAGAAAAUGGUGUAACAGUUUCAACAACGCCGCCGCAUUCAACAGGAAAACUAGAGCCAUUGGAUGUCGGAAUUUUUGGGCCAUUCAAAACUGCGUAUAACAGAGCUGUAGAUAGUUGGAUGUUGCGAAACCCAGGCAAAACUUUCUCAAUAUAUGAAGUGGCUGAAUGUGUCAGGAAAGCGCAUAUGAAAGCUAUGACACCCGGGAAUAUUUGCGCAGCUUUCAAAUCUACUGGAAUAUUCCUAUUCGACAGAAAUGUUUUUACUCAUCUAGAUUUUGCUCACUAUUCAAGACACUGA